CAUGGGAAGAUCGGAUUGAUUUCGUGUAGAGCCUCAUAAACUCUCUCUUUUCCUGUAAGCUUGCACCUGUUAUGUCCAAGAUCUGGCACCUGCCUGACAAUUACUUUGAGUUCCAUAGGACCAGAGACCUAGGAUGAGGAGCACUGGCUUUGCCCUGAACCUGCUUUUGAUAUCCCCACUCUUCUUAGUGUGGACAGUGGUCGCCCUCGACCUAGGACAAACUCCUUGCACCACCCUGGUCCAGGGGAAAUUCUUUGGGUAUUUCUCCUCCUUUGCUGUCUUCCCAUUGAACUCUUCUCUGUGCUCUUGGAUUAUCCAGAACCCGGACCCCAGGAGGUACACCUUGUACAUGAAGGUCUUGAAACCCACUGGCCUAUGUGACCACCAGCCGAUACGCACCUACCAGUUCGACUCUUUCCUGGAGUCCACCCGCACUUACCUGGGUAUGGAGAGCUUCGACGACGUGCUAAAACUGUGUGACAGUUCCACUAGGUACUCCUUCCUCCAGUCCAACAAGCAGUUCCUCCAGAUGAAGCAGACCAUGUCCCCGGCAGAAGGUGGGCACGUGCGACGGAAGCCCACCAAGGCUCAGGAGCGGGACUUCUCCGUGGAGUACCUGGUGGUGGGCAAUAGGAGCCCUAGCAAAGCCGCCUGCCAGAUGCUCUGCGAGUGGCUGGACACCUGCCUGACCACCAGCAGCAGCUCCCACCCCUGUGGCAUCAUGCAGACUCCUUGCUCUUGCUCCGGAGGAGAGGUGCUGGAUCAGCCCAGUGAGAUGUUGGGGCUACCCAAGAAGAAGGAAGAUUGUUUUAAGGAUGGGAUUUAUUUGGAAAACUGCAUGAGCAGCCCGAAAGACAGCAGCCAGGUGGAGUUCCUGGGUGGCUGGAACCCUUGGUCCGCUUGGGGAGACUGUACUCGAGACUGUGGGGGUGGUCUCCAGACGCGCACCCGAACCUGCCGGCCCAUUCCCGAUGAAGGCCUUAUCUGCGAAGGAGUCCUGGAGGAAGGAAGACUGUGCAAUAGAAAAGCAUGCAAUACCAAUGGACGCUAUAAUUCCAGAAGCCAGUCGCUGAGGUCCACAGAUAACAGAAAGCGAGAGGAUGCUGACGAACUGCAGCAGUAUGGAUACCCCGCACCUCAAAUAGGUGACCCUGCAGCAGAGGAGUGGUCCCCGUGGAGCGUGUGUUCGACCACCUGCGGGGAGGGCUGGCAGACCAGGACCAGGUUCUGCGUGUCGUCUUCCUACAGCACGCAGUGCAGCGGCCCUCUCCGGGAGCAGAGACAGUGCAACAACUCCGCCGUCUGCCCAGUGCACGGCACUUGGGACGAGUGGUCUCCGUGGAGUCUGUGCUCCUCAACGUGUGGGCGGGGGUACAGGGAUCGAACCCGCACCUGCAAACCCCCUCAGUUUGGUGGAAACCCCUGCGAGGGACCUGAAAAACAAACUAAGUUCUGCAACAUUGCACUUUGCCCAGUGGAUGGGAACUGGAAUGAGUGGUCGAGCUGGAGUUCCUGUUCUACGACCUGCUCCAAUGGUACCCAGCAGCGGACCCGGGAGUGCAACGGACCAUCCUAUGGGGGAGCAGAGUGCCAGGGGCACUGGGUGGAGACCAGAGAUUGCUUCCUAAGGCAGUGUCCAGUGGACGGAAAGUGGCAGGCGUGGGGGCCGUGGGGGAGCUGUACGACCUCAUGCGGGGGCGGGACGCAGAGACGCGACCGUGUGUGCUACGGCCCCUUCUUCGGAGGAGACUCUUGUCAGGGGCCCAAGGAGGAGUAUAAACAGUGUAAUGACAAGAAGUGUCCCGAGCCCCAUGAAAUAUGCGAUGAAGAUAACUUUGCUUCCGUGGUGUGGAAGGAAACGCCUGCCGGAGACGCUGCGGCUGUCCGGUGUCCUCGCAAUGCCACUGGGUUGAUCCUGCGAAGAUGCACUUUAGAUGAAGAGGGGAUAGCGUACUGGGAGACUCCAACCUACAUCAAGUGUGUUUCCAUUGACUACAGGAAUAUACAGAUGAUGACAAGGGAGCAUCUCUCCAAAGCCCAGAGGGGGCUGAUGGGAGAAGGGGUAUCUGAAGUGCUCCAAAACCUCGUGGAGAUCUCCCAGGAUGGGACCAGCUACAGCGGGGACCUGCUGUCCACCAUCGACGUACUCAGGAAUAUGACCGAGAUCUUCCGUAGGGCAUAUUACAGCCCCGCUGCUGGGGAUGUACAGAACUUUGUCCAGAUCAUCAGCAACUUGCUGUCAGAGGAAAACCGGGACAAGUGGGAGGAAGCUCAGAUGAUGGGGCCGAAUGCUAAGGAGCUGUUCAGGCUUGUGGAGGAUUUCAUUGAUGUCAUUGGAUUUCGCAUGAAAGAUUUCCGGGAUUCCUACCAAGUGACAGACAAUCUAGUCCUCAGCAUCCACAAACUCCCCGCCAAUGCAGCCACUGACAUCAGCUUCCCCAUGAAAGGCUGGAGGGGCAUGGUGGACUGGGCCAGGACCUCCGAGGACAAGAUCACCAUCUCCAAGAGCAUCCUCUCUACGGGGCUGGCAGAGACAGAUGACUCGUCCGUCUUCGUGGUGGGCACCGUGCUGUACCGGAACCUGGGGAGCAUCCUCUCGCUCCAGAGGAACGCCACGGUACUGAACUCCAAAGUCAUCUCGGUGACUGUGAAGCCAUCUCCCCGCACUCUGCUCACGCCCCUGGAGAUCGAAUUCUCCCACCUGUACAAUGGAACCACCAACCAGACCUGCAUCCUGUGGGACGAAGCCGAUGUAUCCUCCUCCUCCUCCUCCUCCCAGCUUGGUGCCUGGUCCUGGCGCGGCUGCCGAACAGUCCCAGUCGAUUCCUUCCGAACUAAAUGCCUCUGUGAGAGACUCUCUACCUUCGCCAUCUUAGCCCAGCUCAGCUCAGACAUGAACAUGGAAAAAGUGCUGGUCCCUUCUGUCACAUUAAUCGUAGGCUGUGGAGUAUCUUCGCUGACGCUUUUGCUCUUGAUUAUCAUUUACGUCUCGGUCUGGAGCCUGAAUUUUUUAGCUUCCGAUUCCACCCGCUGGGUCUUGGUAUGCCUAUGCCUGGGGAGUGAGUCGAGAUACAUCCGCUCAGAACGCUCUGUCAUUCUCAUCAACUUCUGCCUGUCCAUCAUUUCCUCCAAUGCUCUCAUUCUGAUUGGACAAACCCAGACCCGGAAUAAGGUGAUAUGCACACUGGUGGCGGCUUUCCUGCAUUUCUUCUUCCUCUCCUCUUUCUGUUGGGUGCUGACAGAGGCCUGGCAAUCCUACAUGGCUGUGACGGGCAGGUUACGGAACCGCAUCAUUCGCAAGCGCUUCUUGUGUCUCGGAUGGGGGCUUCCUGCCUUGGUGGUUGCCAUUUCCGUGGGAUUUACGAAAGCCAAGGGCUACGGCACCGUCAACUACUGCUGGCUGUCAUUAGAAGGAGGCCUUCUCUACGCCUUCGUGGGACCAGCAGCUGCAGUCGUUUUGGUGAACAUGGUUAUUGGCAUUCUGGUUUUUAACAAACUUGUAUCCAAAGAUGGGAUAACAGAUAAGAAACUGAAGGAACGGGCAGGUCAGAUGGCAGUGCCUCUUUACGGCAUGACGCUCAAAUGUUCCAAGUGUGGAGUAGUUUCUUCUGCUGAAGUUUCGGCCACAGCCACCAGUAACGCCAUGGCGUCCCUUUGGAGCUCCUGCGUGGUCCUACCUCUGCUGGCGCUGACCUGGAUGUCUGCGGUUCUGGCAAUCACGGAUCGGCGGUCGGCGCUCUUCCAGAUCCUCUUCGCUGUCUUUGACUCCCUGGAGGGCUUUGUCAUUGUGAUGGUUCAUUGCAUCCUGAGACGAGAGGUCCAGGAUGCAGUGAAGUGCCGAGUAGUGGACCGUCAAGAAGAGGGCAACGGAGACUCGGGGGGGUCGUUUCAGAACGGACAUGCUCAGCUAAUGACCGAUUUUGAGAAGGAUGUGGAUAUGGCUUGUAGAUCAGGUGAGCACAUCACAGUGCUGAAUAAAGACAUCACCACGUGCAGGACCUCGGCCAUCACGGGCACGCUGAAGCGCCCGUCGCUGCAGGAUGAGGAGAAGCUGAAGCUCCAUCACCAGAAGGGGUCCUCGAACUUUAACAGUCUUCCAGCCAACGUCUCUAAGAUGCACCUCCAGGGCUCCCCGCACUACCUGGGGGCCAUCAACCUGAAUGAGUUCAGCAACCACACGCUCACUCUGAAGAAGGAGAAGAACCAGCCGCCCAAGUCUAUCUACAUCUGCGAUGGGGACAUCUUCAAGAAGCUGGACUCUGAGCUCUCCCGAGCGCAGGAGCAAUCCCUGGACACCAGCUACGUCAUCUUGCCCAGCAACAGUGCCUCCACCCUGCGGGCCAAGCCACCCAAGGACGAUGGCAAAUACAGCAUCAACAUAGACCAGAUGCCCCAAACCCGGCUCAUCCACCUCAGCAUGGCAACCGACCCGGGCUUCAUCGUCAAGAGCCCGCCCAGGGAGCCCAUGGCUAUGACAUGCACCGAGGUGCAGGGCUCCCCCAUGCUGCAGCAGCAGCAGCAGAACAUCUGCAGCGAGUCGCAGAUGCCCAACAGCCUGUGCGACCCGGGCGACUCAGGGAACUUGGGCAUGGUGCCCAAGAGCGAGACAGUCUCCACCCUCUCCAUGAGCUCCUUGGAGAGACGGAAAUCCCGGUACGCAGAGCUAGAUUUUGAGAAAAUCAUGCACACGAGAAAGCGUCACCAGGACAUGUUCCAGGACCUGAACAGGAAGCUGCAGCAUGCGGAGAAGGAGAAGGAGUCUCCGACAACGGAAAGCAAGCAAGAAAAACAGCAGACACCAAACAAGAGACCCUGGGAAGGAAUCAGGAAGGUCCACUCGCCACCAUCAUGGGUUAAAAAGGACAUGGAACCUUUACCACAAUCUCCCUUAGAACUAAAAACUGUAGAGUGGGAGAAAACAGGUGCCACCAUCCCUCUGGUGGGACAAGACAUUAUUGACCUGCAGACGGAGGUCUGAGCAGAAAGGAAAAAAGGGACUUUUUUUUUCUGGAAAAACAAACGAAACAAACAAAAUUUUAAAAGAUGAUUAAAUUCAAUUGAAAGCGAGUGAGGAAGAGUGUUUGGUUUCUUUUGAAACCUUUGGUAAAAAGAAGUAACUUUUGUAUUGUUCUCAGCAGAGAGGGGGAAUAUUACUUUAUAGAACUUAGUAGCAGUAGGUACAGAACAACGCGAUCUUCCCUGGGUAGGCCCAAAGAGGACAUGAGCCUGUAAAAGUAAAAGAAGGGGGGAUGGGUGGGGAGGGUGGGGAACAAAGUCAACACGACACUUUAGUGGCGAGAGGAUGACGAGGAGCCAUCGCCAGUAUGUUGAGUCUUCCUGCUCUGGAACUGGGAGCAACGAAAGGGCACUGGGAGCAAAUAUGGUGGCAGAAGGGCCAAGAGGAUUGGGGUUGUCUUGGGGGUACAAGGAGCAGGGAUUAAUUCAGUGGGAACCCAGCCAGGAUGCUGGCUGGCCAAAGGCUCCAGGGGAAAGCUCAGCAUUGGCUGGUCUAUGAUGUCCCAUUGCAUGGCGAUGGGAGUGAGAGAGACAUAUCCUGCUCACUUCUGUCCCCCCGGCCCAGCUUUUUGGAAAAAAAGGGAACUGGAGUUACCAAGCUGUUGCAUCCUGUGAUCAAGAAGACCACCGCACUCCAAUCUGAAAAAUUAGGUUCUCAGCCAUGGAUCUACACAAGCCAGCUCAGAGGAUGCUGUUGGGGAGAGGCCAGAUAUAGUGGUUGCAGCAUAUGGCUAGCAAGAGUGGCAUGGUGGGUAUUUCCCCCCGUCCCUCUGCAGAGGACUUCCUGAACUCUCUGAAGAGCGGGACAUGCAGAGUGGGAAGAGACCUUGUCUUAAGACAACAACAAACCCAUUCAUGUCGUCUCCAGAUAGAGACGUUAAAAAACCAACAAAAGAAUGUAGAUCAUUUCAUUGACUGUUAAAAAAACAAAGAGAUAAACUCAACGCGAACCUUGCUUAAAGGUUCACAUGGCCUCAUUGUCUUUUCCUUUUUUUGUUUUGUUUUGUUUUGAGACUCGACCUAUUUCCAGCCACCUCCCCUGGAAGCCACAGUGACCUGUUUAUGUACCUGGAGACGUUCAGUAUACGGAGAAUAUUGCCGUAGGACAUUGAGACAAACUGAUAAAUGAGUAACAUACACUUGGAAAAAAAUCUAUUUUUUCUUCUUCUUUUCUUUUCUUCAAUAAAAACAGAACUUGAAACCCGAGACCUUUCCUUUCUUUGGCUCUUGUCAUUUCAAAUAUCUUUCCGUAGCUUGGUUCCAUGCACAUGCGGGGCAAGGAUGUCACUUUCCAAAUGUUGAGUGGGAGUCCCCUGUGGAAAGAUUGGGAUGGUGAGGAACACUCAGGCCCUUGUGUGCAGUAGGUUGGAAUGUUCUGUUUUAUUGUAUUCAAGUCACUGGCUGGUUAUUCUCCUUACACUCCACCCUGUCUUCACUACUUCACAGAGCUGGGAAACAGGUUUCUGGUGCUAGUGGAAGGAAAGGAAAAGGGUAGAGCUGGACACAAAACGGGGACAUUUUUUCAUCAAAAAUUGUGCAUUAAUGUAUUUUUCAUGAAAAAUGUUCCUCAUUUUUUUCAUGAAAAAAGUUCAACAACAUUUUUACACACAAAAAAGUCAAAUGGUUUUUGCACAAAACAUUUUUGUCCCCCCAGAAAGUUGUCCAAAUGUUUUCAUCUGAACAUUUGAAACAAAAUAAUUUCCAUCAGCAUUUUUCCAUGAUCAAAUGUUGUUGUUUUAUUAUGAAAGACUUUAAUCAGAAGUCCUCACGUAACAUAAUUUUCACCAAUUCUUUUUCACCACAACAUGUGUUUCACCAAAAAUUUUCAUCUCACUUUUGAUCAAUUUCCACCAGCUCUAGAAAUGGCUAUCGCUAAGCACCUAAUUGUGAAACAUCACAUUGAGCCCAAACAGGAGCUAAUCUAGAUCAGGGUUUGAUUUAUGUGUGUGUGUGUGUGUGUGUUUCUUUUUUUAGGAAAAAGCUAAAGACGGGAACAAAAUUUAAAACAAUCAAUGAAAUCAAAUUGUGCUCCCCCCGCCGACAGCGGUUGCUUGAUAUGCAAGCAUUUUUUAAAUUUAAUUUCAGGUCACACAGUUUAGUUUUUUUUAAAGUAUAAUGGCAUUUAUCUUGUCAUUAGCUGUAUAAUAUUAAAAAUAAAAUAAAAUUUUAAAAAAAUUAGAAAAUCCAAAUAGUAAAAAAAAAAAAUUACUUAUAAAAACUGUGAUGUAAUUGUCAGAUUUUAGAUUAUUCUAUGAAACAGGAAAGCACAAAGGCCUCUCAUAAAUGCCGGGUUGUAGAAUAUUGUAAUUAUUAUAAUUACACAUAAUGAAUUUUAGCAUACAAAUAUCUUUCUACUGUGUUUUAAUUCUUUUUUCCCCUUCGCUACCCAACCAAUCUCCCCUCCCUCCUUCUUCCAAACCUUUCCCACCUGCUCCUCUCAUUCCAGCCAAGCUGCAGGACAUUAACAGUGUUAUGUAAUUACAGAGAUAAAUGUUUGUUUAAUAACUGUUGAUAUUCUACUUUUUCUGCUGAGUUUCUCUGGUUAAUACUGUUUUCUCCUCACCCUUCUCUGCCCCUCCCAUUUUCACCUCCCUUAUUUCUGUGUUCGUCAGUUUUUUCUGUACAGUUUUCAGAGCACAAAUGAAUGUGUCUUAUUUCUAAUAAAAAACGUGUAAACUCUA